CAGCUGAAAAGAAAAGUGAAAAAGAAAAUGAAAAUGUCGAGUUCAGUUGUAGCGUACAGCUUCCGCCAUAUCCCCCCUUUAAAGCAGCGCUCUAUCCGGUACUUCUCUCAUCAAAGUCCCCUCCGCCGUCGUCCGCUCUGCUCCCCGUGCUCCGUUCUCGUCGCAACCUCAACAUCGUCUUGCAGUCUUCCAAAUUCGGCGUCUUUCACGGGCAAUUCUUUGUUUCGUAGGAUGGAGCGAUAUUGGGCUGCAAGCAGCAUCAAUAAGAAUAAAGGAAUGGUGGAGCAUUUGCAGCGUUAUGGAGUUAUUCAGUCAAAAAAAGUGGCUGAAGUGAUGGAGACUGUGGACAGGGCUUUGUUUGUACCUGAUGGAUCCUCAGCCUAUGAAGACAGCCCUAUGCAAAUCGGCUUCAAUGCCACCAUUUCUGCACCUCACAUGCAUGCUACUUGCCUUCAAUUGUUGGAGAAAAAUCUACAGCCUGGGAUGCAUGCUUUAGAUGUUGGUUCAGGAACUGGAUACUUGACCGCAUGUUUUGCGCUUAUGGUGGGCCCACAGGGUCAUGCAAUCGGUGUGGACCACAUCCCCGAAUUGGUUACAAUGUCGAUUAAAAACAUCGAAAAAAGCGCCGCUGCUCCAUUACUCAAAGACGGAUCUCUCGCCUUACAUGUCGGAGAUGGAAGAGAAGGGUGGGUGGAAUUUGCACCUUAUGAUGCUAUUCAUGUUGGGGCAGCAGCACCAGAAAUUCCACAACCACUGAUCGAUCAACUGAAGCCUGGGGGCAGGUUAGUCAUUCCAGUUGGGAACGUUUUUCAGGAACUUAAAGUUGUUGAUAAGAAGGAGGAUGGUUCUGUGAGUGUGCGUAGUGAAACUUCAGUACGAUAUGUUCCACUCACAAGUAGGGAAGCACAGUUGCGUGGCUACUGAUAUCAAUCAUAGUAUUUACGGUUUAGUAACCUCGAUGGCAAUUCUGUAAAUUGGUUUUCACGUAUGCGGCUUUAAUAAAAGAAAAUACAAGGGACAUUUUAAAUGCUUAGUUUUGUAAGAAUUGGGUUAUUGAUGUUCGGAAUACAUUACACAUGAAUACAACUCUCUUCUCAGUA